AUGGGGGACCCGAGCCCCGCCCAGCAAUUGGGUCCUGAACGACCCCUUCGUUAUGCAUCCGACACGUCUGAAGAGGAAGAUAAGGAGGACAUCACCGACCAGUCGUCAAGCGACGAAAAAGGCCUGUCGACUCCUCACCUCGAAUACACCGGUACCGACAACACCCACCUAGACGCCAAAUUUUCCAUCGAAGAGGUGCACCGAGCUCUCCACGCACUCAAUGGCCGCUCCGCCCCUUGCCCCGAUGGAUUCCCCAAAAAGCUCCUACGCAACUUGGAUGAACCCUCCGUCACAUACCUCACCGAUACCAUCAACGAAAUGCGGAAGAAGUUCGAGCUACCCAACGCCUGGAAACUCGCCCACACAAUUCUUAUUCCCAAACCGGAAAAAGUGCCUAGCUUCGAUCGGGUCUGGCCCCUCUCGCUCGCGUCGUGCGUGGGCAAGGUGGCGGAGCACGUCAUCCUCACCAGGACUCUUAACGGAGGAAACACUCAGGGUAUCCGUGCCAUAUUCGGCCUCGACUUAGAAAAGACAUUUUAUAUGAUCGCCCACUCGUCCAUCCUGAAGGCGAUCGCAGACCUCGGGCUCGGGCGUCGGUUCUACGACUUUGUCCGCUCCUUCCUCACCCGGCGCAGGGCCGUCCUCCACGCAGGAGACCUGGUGUCGGAAGAAGUCAAGUUCGGACAGCGGGGAACCCCCCAGGGGUCCGUCCUCUCGCCGACGCUCUUCAACCUAAUAAUAAUCAGGCUCUCCGAACGACUCUCGAAGAUCGACGGGCUAAACCACACCAUUUAUGCGGCCGACAUAACCAUUCGGUGCUCCGCGGGGUCAGAUGGCUUCAUCGAAUCCGCCCAGCAGGAGGCCAUCGAAACUGCCGAGUCCUACCUCAAACGCACCGGUCUCAAGUGCUCCCCCACCAAGUCUGAGCUGUUGCUAUACUUGUCAAAAAGCCGUGGCGCCAAGCCCAAAGGGUGGAAACCGCCGGCCGAACGCAACAUCAAACUCCGCAUAAGAGACGGUCGUACAGCUCCCAAGGUAUACUCCACCAGGUUCCUGGAUAUGAACAUCGAGUCCUGCGGUACCAACACCCUAAUGGUGCAGAAACUCAUGACUAAGACGGACAAUGCCAUACGACUCGCACGUAGAGGGGCCAGCCGGCACCAUGGCCUGAAAGAAGACAACCUACUGCGUCUUGUACACGCGUUUGUUGUCUAG